AUGGCUCCCCGCGUCGCUAUCAUUAUCUACUCCAUGUACGGGCACAUUACUCAGCUUGCUGAGGCCGAGAAGGCUGGUAUCGAGGCUGCUGGUGGUUCUGCUACCAUCCUCCAGGUUCCUGAGACUCUUCCUGAGGAGGUUCUUGGAAAGAUGCACGCUGUCCCCAAGCCUAACUACCCCAUUAUUACCGCCCCGGAACUGAAGAACUACGAUGCCUUCCUCUUCGGUAUCCCCACUCGUUACGGAAACUUCCCCGGCCAGUGGAAGGCCUUCAUCGACACCACUGGUGGCCUCUGGGGUGAGGGUGCUCUCUCCGGAAAGUACGCCGGUCUCUUUAUCUCUACCGGCACCCAGGGCGGUGGACAGGAGAUUACUGCCUUGAACGCCAUGUCCACCCUCGCCCACCACGGAAUCAUCUACGUUCCCUUCGGAUACAAGCACGCUUUCCCCAUCCUUGCCUCCAACGAGGAGGUCCGCGGUGGAUCCCCAUGGGGUGCUGGUACCUUUGCUGGUGCCGAUGGUUCCCGCCAGCCCUCAGCGAAGGAGCUCGAGAUUGCUCAGAUCCAUGGCAAGUCCUUCUACGAGACUGUCGCUCGUGUCAACUUCGCCUGA